AUGCCACUGUCUAUGGUCUGGUCGAUGAUGUUCUUUGCCAUGUUGUUCCUGUUGGGAAUUGAUUCCCAGUUCGCAAUGGUUGAGACUGUCAUCACUUAUAUAUUUGAUCUAUUGAGAAAUUCUAAAUAUAAACUCAACAAGCCAAUAGUGGUUGCCGUAAGUGGUGUGAUUUGGUUUUUAUGUGGUUUACCCCUUUGCACAAACGCUGGUAUUUAUAUCUUGACUUUGAUGGACACAUACGCGGCCGGCAUUCCGUGUCUGAUUGUGGGACUCUUAGAAAUAUUUAUUGUGGCCUAUAUAUAUGGAAUUUCAAACUUCUUCGCAGACCUCAAGCAUAUGACGGGUUGGAAGCCAUCGACUUUAAUCCGCUCACAUAUUGUGGUUAUGAUCACCACUUGUUCCCCGAUUGCAAUCAUAAUCAUUCUUUACAAAGAGGUCUUUGGUCUCUUAUUCGAUGAGGAGGUCAUAACGUAUGGCAAAUAUAUAUACCCUCCAUGGGCUCAAUGGGUUGGAUGGUCUCUGGCCUUAAUAUCGAUGGCAGCCAUUCCUUUGGGUGUAAUCCAACAUAUCGUACAAGUGUUCACUUCUGGUAAUAUCAUACAGAAUCUGAAGUGCAGUCUUAGGCCCACAAAACUUUGGUCCCAAAAUGCGAGCCUAUAUUCAUCACUAAACUCUGACACUCCGGUCCACACAAAGCGCACUAUUAUUACUGAUUUUUAUGUCAAUAGCGGUGUUUCAGACCUAGACAUCAGACACGAGGAUGGAGUCAUAAAUCCAGCCUUCAUUGCAAUUAAAUGACAUUCAAAUGAUUUUUAGUUUACAUUAACUUAUAAUUAUUCUAUCAUCUACCAUAUAUAAUAUAAUGUAUUUAUGAACUAUCUUAUUUUACA